UAGUGUGCGCCGCGGGUGCUGGGGGCUCGAGAACCGAGCGGAGCUGGUUGAGCCUCCAAAGUCCUAAACGCGCGGCCGUGGGCCCGGGGCUUAUUGACCGAAUUCCGCCGGCGCGGGGGCCUCUGCAGGGAGCGCGCGAUGGAGAUGGACAAGCGGAUCCAUUUAGAGCUGCGGAACAGGACGCCCUCUGAUGUGAAGGAGCUCGUCCUGGACAACUGUCGGUCGAACGACGGCAAAAUCGAGGGUCUCACAGAUGAAUUCGAGGAGCUGGAGUUCUUAAGUACGAUCAACGUCGGCCUCAGCUCAGUUGCAAACUUACCAAAGUUAAACAAACUUAAGAAGCUUGAACUAAGCGAUAACAGAGUCUCAGGGGGCCUGGAAGUAUUGGCAGAAAAGUGUCCGAACCUCACGCAUCUAAAUUUAAGUGGCAACAAAAUUAAAGACCUCAGCACAAUAGAACCGCUGAAAAAGUUAGAAAACCUCAAGAGCUUAGACCUGUUCAAUUGUGAGGUGACCAACCUGAACGAUUACCGAGAAAACGUGUUCAAGCUCCUCCCGCAGCUCACGUACCUGGACGGCUACGACCGCGACGACAAGGAGGCGUCCGACUCGGACGCUGAGGGCUACGUGGAGGAGGGCUUGGAGGACGAUGAGGAGGACGAGGAUGAAGAAGAAUACGAUGAAGAUGCCCAGCUAGUGGAAGAUGAGGAGGAUGAGGACGAGGAGGAAGAAGGUGAAGAGGAGGAUGUGAGUGGCGAGGAGGAGGAAGAGGAGGAAGGCUAUAACGACGGGGAAGUAGAUGACGAGGAAGAGGAAGAAGAAGGACCCCGUGAAGGAGAAAAGACGCAGAAGCGGAAACGAGAACCCGAAGACGAGGGUGAAGAAGACGACUAAGUGGAAUAACCUAUUUUGAAAACAAACAAACAAAAAUUCCUAUUGUGAUUUGACUGUUUUUACCCGUUCACCCCUCCCCCCCAAAUCCCGCCCCCCGAAACUUAUUUUUUUCUGAUUGUAAUGUUGCUGUGGGAACCAGAGGGGAAAAGUGUACUGGGGGUUGUGGGGGGAGGGGGGAGGGGGUGGAAUAAAAUACUAUUUUUACUGCCA